AUGCCUCUCUCUGCCGAAGGUGGGAGGGCUGACCGAAGCUGCUUUGACGCCGUGCAAGUUCCCUCGGCGGACGUCCGGGUGGGCAGCAACGCCCUAAGCCAGCCGUGGCUGCUCUCGGCCGCAGCCGACGCCGGUCCGUGCCUCGUCCUGCCCUCUGGCAGCCGAGCGCUCUGUGUCGCCUCUGCAUCUUCGGUCAACCAUGAGGCCACCGCGCCUUGCCCGGUCGAGGUGGCUCUACCGGAUGCGGAGGAGCCCAGCUCGGUGACCACGCUUGCCGCAUGCCCGGUGUCUGAAGGCCUCGUCGCCCUCUCACGCGCGGUCGCUGGCUCCAGCCGCCACAGCGUCGAGUUCUGGAGGCUUCCGCAGCAGCCAGAGGCCGCGCCGGAGGACGCGGGCGGCAAACGCAGCGCGCCCUCCGCCCAGCUCCUCGCGAGCACGCCGAUGGACGGCGCGAGCCGCGGCCUCUCCUGGCACUCGGCGCUCCCCGCCCUGGCCGCCGCCUCCCCUUCCUGCCUCGUGCUGCACUCGCUGGACGAGGAGGGACUCGCCGAGCCCGUCCUCCUUCUCGAGCGGCCUCGAGGGGGCGAGGCGCUGCGCGGCGUCGCGUGGAGCGGCAGCGCCUGGCCGCAAGGUGGUGAUGGGUGCACCGAGUGGAGCAGUGCCUCGCCGGAUGCCUCGGCGGCGUCAGAGAGCCUCGCAGAGGCGCUCCUCUCCAGCUGGGCGCUCCUCUUCCACGAGCCUUUCCGGAACCUUCCAGGACCCUUCUCGCAGGCGCUCCUCUUCAGCUGGCCGCUGCCGGGUGACUGGGAGCGAUUCGCGACCCGGCGCCUCCUCAGCCACGCCUCGGGCCACAUCACACGGCCUCGGUUCCUAUCGCACUUGCUGCAACCAGCCGUGGCGCGUGUGACAGGCGCCUCCGCCUCGGCCCAGCCUCGGCUCCGCACCGCGGAGCACCGCCUCGCGCUCUGCCGCGCGGACCUCCCGACGGGCCUCGACGCCGCGGCUCUCGCGCCCACACCGCCGCAAGGCGCGCAGCAUGCGAGGCCCGCCGUGAGCACCGUGCAGCCACUAGUGCAGCCAGCCGCUUCACCCCGCGGAGCCGCCUCGGACGCGGCGCUCGACGGCGAGGCGGCCGUCCUAGAGGCGCUGCUGGUCGCGAUGGAGGCGCGUCUGGCCGCCCGCUUCGAGGCGGCGCUCGCUCCGAUCGGGGAGAGGCUCGCGGCGCUCGAGCGAGCUGUGCUCGCGAUGGGCCACGCGGUGGACGCUACUUGAUUUUUGGAGCUUUCGAAAAGGACUGCCUCCCCGGCUGUCUGCAGCCCCCUUGAAGCUCCCCCCCAGCCCCCACACCGGGCGCGCGGAUGCCGGAUCCGGAUGCACAAUGCUCAAUGGUCGAAGAGAAUGCUGUCUCAAGCUAUGCUUGGUUUUCUCGUGAAUGAACACACUUUGGAGUGC